AUGGAUAACGAUGAUUCCACAAGUAGCACUUGUGCUUCGUCUGAUUGUUCUCCUAGACCAAAAAAACGUCGAAUUACUAAAGGUGUUACUACAUCGGCUUCUUUAAGUAACUGUGAAUCAUCACGCCAUUCUCAUUCUCGAAAAAAAUCAUUCAAAUCAAAAUCGUUAGAAAAUUCACCCAUUGAACGGUGGAUUCCUGAAAGUCAUCGCUAUCCAACGCGUCAUCAAAUAAAUUCAUGGCAUUCACUAAAAACUCCAAUUCCUAGUCCUGAAGCCGUAGACAUUCCAUGUCUUGACUUGAACUGUCCUACUUAUAAUUAUAGUUCACCUUCAAACAAAUACAUUUCCAUUCCAACACCGACCUAUACACCGAUACCGUCUCCUGUUCCAAUGUAUCAUCAUAAUCAUCAUAAUAAUUGUACAGCAGCUUUAGAGCAACUUGCAGAUUUAGCGAUUCAAAAUGCAAG